UGGCUUCCUGCCUUUGGCUGCAGAUUGAGGAGGGUCGAGCCCAUCACCUGUCCCUGCGGUGGGGGAAGGGGCCGCUGCCCCCCCUCGGGAGCGUGAGCUGGGGGAAACCCCGAGGUCCAGCCGGCCCGACCCCCAACCUGCAGCGAGUCUGGCCCAGGAAUUCGGCUCCUUCCCUGCCCUGGCUGUGGGGCUCUGAACAUAGUAAGGGAUCCAACGUAAACUGGGAGCAGCCGUUUUGUUCCUGGUUCGCGGCUCCGCUGAACUCCGCGCGCUUCCUGCCUCCCUCUCCCAUGGGCUCCCCAGUGUCAUUUGUUUUAUCCAGGAUGGCGGCAUGCGGGGGCGCCACUAAAAAUAAGCUCACGGUCUCUAAGCCCGUCUGGGACUUCCUGACCAAAGAGGCCCCCUCCAAGCUGGUCAAACUGAAGGAGGAGACCAAGCUGAGCAUUCUGAUCGACGGGGAGACCUCCGAGAUCUACGUGCUGCAGCUCUCCACACCGGCCCCCGGGGCCGGCAACGGCCUCUACCUGGCCCGCAAAGCCCUCAAGGCCCUGCUCAAGGAGAUGGAGAAGGAGCUGAAGAAGGCGCAGCGGCAGAGCGAGCUGGUGGGGUGCAUGGCCCUGCUGGACAAACCCGGGGGCGAGCUGCGCCCGCACGGGGCUGGCGUGGUCUCCCGGGGUCGGCAGCCCAGGGGGGCGGGGGGGGGGGGCACAGGAGGAGGUGGGGGGCUGGGGGGGGCGGCGGGCGGCUCGCGGGAGGAGGAGCAGGAGACCCAGUGCCCCAUCUGCCUGGGCGAGAUCCAGAACGUAAAGACGCUGGAGAAGUGCCGGCACUCCUUCUGCGAGGACUGCAUCACGCGGGCUCUGCAGGUCAAGCGGGCCUGCCCCAUGUGCGGGCGCUUCUACGGGCAGCUGGUGGGCAACCAGCCCGAGAACGGGCGCAUGCUGGUGUCCAAGGACUCGGGCCUGCUGCUCCCCGGCUACGAGAAAUACGGCACCAUCAUCAUCCAGUACGUCUUCCCGCCUGGCGUCCAAGGGGUGAGUUCUCCCCCGCCUCUGGCCCCAGCUCUGCAGCCCUCCCCCGCCUGGCUGCAGCGGGGGGCAGGGGGCUUGUUGGGGCAGUCAGCUGCAAGUGGGGGGUUCCGGGUCAGCUUCCCUGCCUCCCUAGCUCUGCUGGUGCCCCUCAACCCUGAUCCACCGCCCCCUGCUAGCCCAGCCCUGGGUUCCCCACACCCCAGCCCUG